UGCUUGUUCACUCCCCCAUCUCUCUCUCUCUCUCUCUCUCUCUCUCUCAUCGCGAAACCUCCGUCCGCUCCAUACCCGCCCCCCAAAUCUCUCUCCUUCUCUGUCUCUCUAAGAUCCAAAAGUCAAUCCAAUCUGCCUCCAAAUCCUCUCUUUCUAAUCCACGCCUGAAAGCCCCAACUCUCCAAUCCAGCUGACCCUGCUGAUCCCCCGAGCCCUAACUUUUGGGGCUUCCGCUCAUCAAACACCCCUGCCUCGAUCUAGUGUUUCGAAAGCACCUCGGAAGCUGGGAAUUUAAUCUAACCGGGCUGGGAAUUGAUGUUUCUCUUCGGUGAUGAUGGACGGCUGUUAUUAUUAUGCAUGGACGGCGGCAAGGUGACGAGCUGCGCACGGUACUCCUCCGCCGGCACAUGUGGUCAGUCCCCCCGCCCGUGCCGCCGCCCGCGUCGCCGUCCUCUGUAGCCGUUCCGGAAUCUGCUGCUGCCGCCGCCGCCGCCGCCGUGAUUUCUCCCGAUUCUUUCUCCAAAGAUGGACGCAAGAUAUGUGUUGGUGAUUGUGCACUCUUCAAACCGCCCCAGGAUUCCCCUCCUUUCAUUGGAAUAAUUAGGAAGUUAUUAUUGGAGAAAGAGAAAAAUCUAAGCUUAUCUGUGAAUUGGCUCUACCGACCUGCUGAUGUAAAGCUUGGAAAGGGUUCUUUGGUUGAAGCUGCACCCAACGAGCUCUUUUACUCCUUUCACAAGGAUGAGAUUCCUGCUGCAUCGUUACUUCAUCCGUGUAAAGUCGCAUUCCUUCGUAAAGGUGUUGAACUUCCUUCAGGGAUAUCCUCAUUUGUGUGCAGACGAGUGUAUGAUAUUGAGAACAAGUGUUUAUGGUGGCUAACUGAUCAAGAUUAUAUUAAUGAACGACAGGAAGAAGUAGAUCAGCUAUUAGAUAAGACACGACUAGAAAUGUAUGGAGCAGUGCAGUCUGGAGGUCGCUCUCCCAAAAGCUUGAAUGGUCCGACAGGAACUCCACAAUUAAGGCCUGGUUCCGAAAGUGUUCAGAACAGUAGCUCCUCCUUACCUUCUUCACAGGUUAAGGGAAAGAAGAGGGAUCGAGCUGAUCAAGGCAAUGAUCCAGUCAAAAGAGAGCGUGUCUCCAGAGCAGAUGACACAGAUUCUGCUCCGGAGCACAUAUUGAGGUCCGAGAUUGCUAAAAUUACAGAAGAAAGUGGGCUCAGAGAUUACAAAGGGGUUCAGAGAUUAGUGCAACUCAUGCGACCGAUUAGUACGGAGAAGAAAAUAGAUUUGGCUUGUCGAAUAAUGCUUGUUAAUGUGAUUGCUGUCACAGACACGUUUGAUUGCCUUGGAUGGUUUGUACAACUUAGAGGUUUGCCAGUGUUGGAUGAGUGGCUCCAAGAAGUACACAAAGGGAAGAUAGGCAAUGCUAGAAGCCCCAAGGAAAGUGAUAAAUCGGUUGAGGAAUUUCUGUUGGUUUCACUUCGUGCUUUGGAUAAGCUGCCUGUAAAUCUUCAUGCAUUACAAACUUGUAAUGUUGGUAAAUCAGUGAACCUCUUGCGGAGUCAUAAAAAUUCUGAGAUUCAGAAGAAAGCUAGAGCUUUAGUUGACACAUGGAAGAAACGUGUUGAAGCUGAAAUGAAUAUGAUUGAUGCUAAGUCCGGGUCAAGUCAUAGUGGUGCAUGGCCGUCCAAGUCAUUGCUUUCAGAAGUUUCUCAUGUUGGAAACCGGUGUGAUGGAGGAUCCUCUGAGGCUACUGUGAAGAGCUCUACUGUACAAUCUUCCCCAUCUAAAACUCCAUCUAUUAAGCUUGGUUCUAGUGAAUCUUUUGCAAAGAUUGUGUCAGCAUCUCCUGCCUCGACACAAUUAGCUUCAUUAGCAAGUUCGUCCGGUGGUGCUAGUGCCAAGGAUCCAAAUUCUGCGACUUUGGUUCAUGGUGGAUCCUCAGAUAUGCCCAUAUCAACAAUUAAGGAGGAGAAGAGUAGCAGUUCCAACCAGUCUCCGAACAAUAGCCAAUCUUGUUCAAGUGAUUAUGCCAAGACUCGUGGGGCUUCUUGCAGGGAAGAUGCUCGGAGUUCUACUGGCAGUGCUUCCCGUCACCAGAAGUCAAGUAAUGGUGUUCAAGGGUCAGCUGUAUCAGGGUUUCAAAAGGAAAUAAGUUUGGGAAAAUUAGGUUCUUUGAGCCAGAAUUUGGCUUCUGAAACAGCUUCACCUACUAGAGUAACACAUGAAAGAGCUCCUGAUGCAUGCCUCGUGGAUCAUGGAAAUAACCGACUGAUUGUCAGGUUGCCAAACACAGGUCGAAGUCCUGCACAAAGCACCAAUGGAGUUUCUUCUGAAGAUCCUUCUGCUAUGUUAAGUCAGUCGGGAAAACAAGAUCAUCAUGAUAGGAAAGUGAAGGGAAAAAGUGAUGCCUGGCGAUCUAUCAAUACACCAAACAGUAAGCCUGAUUUAUGUCAAGGGAAAGAUGGAUUGGUCAUGUCUGAUGAAGGUAAUUUGUCAGCCCCAAAUGCUCUUUGUGAUGAACAGAGCAGGACUGAGGAUGGUGAGAAGCUGAUGGAAUCAUCCAAAGGUACAGGUUCAUCAUCUGGAGUUAUGCCUGAACCAGACAAAUCCCAUGAUGUUUCUUCUUGCAGCGCUAUGAAUGUUUUGAUUGACAGCUGUGUUAAGUUCUCUGAAGCAAGGACCACUGUCUCAGGUGGGGAUGAUAUUGGGAUGAAUCUGCUUGCAAGUGUGGCAGCUGGAGAGAUGUGCAGAUCUGAUGUCCUACCAUCAGGUUCUCCUGGGAAAAAUUCACCUGUACCAAUCGAAUCUUGCUUUGGAAAUGAUGUAAAAUUGAGACGCUUGGACAAGGAUACAGCUAAUGAUAGUACAAAUGGUGGUGAUACGCUGGAGCAGGGUUGUGCUGUGGAUUGUUUAAGAGUUGAGAAUGAAUCCCCAAUGGUUGCUGUGCCUAUGUCAGCAAACAUUUCUAGUGAUGUUAAAGUGACUUCGUUUAGCUGUGAAGUGAAGUCAGGGGAGUGCAGUGGACAAUUGAAUCCUUCUAUUAUUGGAUCAAGACAAAAUCAAUAUGGUUUGUACUCGAAAUGUGAUGGAGGGCCUGGUCAAGUAAAUAAUGCUCCGGUAGCUAUCUGUUUUGAAGAUGAUACAAAAGAAGGCAUUGUGUGUAGUGAAGGUGCUGACCAUUUUCAUCAGCAAAAGGAGUCAGAUGCCGCCCGGGAGAUAAUUAACAGCGUUUUGAAUUCCAAACUUAAAGCAAGGAUCCCCUUUCCUGAUGAAGAUAAGGUCAAUUAUGCAGAUGAAAAAAUUGCUGAGAGCAGAGUAGUAAAUGUUCCCAAUGUAGCCGCCAGCACAAAGGUUGAGAACAAUGCUAAUGAAGAAUCACCUUCUUGCUCGUCUUUAGAAGUGUGCAGGGAGGACAGGAGUGCUUUGCUUAAGGAAUCGGGUUGUGCCAUCUUACCUGAGCACAAGGUACCCAUUAUACUAAAGUUUCAUCAAGAGGUUAUGACUGUUAAAGGUGAGGAUACUGCACUACCUUCUGAUUCUGCUACUGUUUUGGGUAUGGAAUCAAACACUGAGAAGGCUACUGAUACGAGGGCAGUUUGUCAGUCAGAGCAGAGUGAGAACCAAAAUAUCAACUUGAGUACAGCCAGUUUGGAGCAAACUGAUGAAUGCCGUGAGGAGAAGACAGAAGGUAAAGUGGUGGUUGGCCACUGUACUGAUAAAUCUGCUUCCCAUGAGGAGACUCUCACGAUCCCUAUGCAACGAACAGUGGAGUGCAUGAAGUCUAACACAGUCAAGUUAGAUGGAAAUGAAGCUGGUGGGAUAGGGGAAUGUGCUUCCAGUGUGAAUGGUGCUUCUGGAUCUGUGGCAGGAACUGAUGUGUCUGUAAAGCUGGACUUUGAUCUGAAUGAAGGUUUUCCUGUUGAGGAUGGGUGCCAGGGGGAGCUUGUGACCUCAUCUGCUGUACAUUUGCCUUGUCCACUGCCCUUUUCUGUUUCUUCGCCGUCUAUGAGCUUUCCUUUUUCAAUUACUGUCACCUCGGCAGCAAAAGGGCCCUUUUGUCCUCCUGAAAACCCAUUGAGAAGUAAGGGGGAACUUGGGUGGAAAGGAUCAGCUGUUACCAGUGCUUUUAAGCCAGCAGAACCCAGAAAGGUUUUGGAGAUGCCACUCAGAACAACUAAUUCCCCUUCUAUUGAAUUCGUUAGAAAGCCUGGGCGUAGUUCUCUUGAUAUUGACCUGAAUGUUCCAGACCAGAGAGUUCUUGAGGAUAUGGAUUCUCAUAACUCUUCACGGGUGGCAACAUUUUUGGAAAUUGGGCCUCUCGACUAUCAUGGUGGUGGAGGACUCGAUCUUGACUUGAACAGAGUUGAUGACAGUCCUGAUAUUAGACAGUUUUCAGUUAGUAACCGCCGUAAAAUGGAGAUUCCACUAACUGGUGGACUUUCUAACGCGGAAUUUAAUGCUUCAAGGGACUUUGAUUUGAACAAUGGACCUGGUCCUUACGGAGGAGUUACCGAACCAGCACGACAUGUUAGAGGCAACGUGCCGUUUCUAUCACCUUUGCAUGGGGUCAGAAUGAAUACUAUGGACCAAGGGGGGAGUUAUUCCUCAUUGUUCCCACCAAACAACUCCUAUUCAGCCAUUGCAAUCCCAUCGAUCCUACCUGGUAGAGGGGAGCAGAGUUAUUCCGUUGUUCCUGCUAGUGGGUCCCAGAGGAUCUUAGGCGGCCCCAGUCGUGGGUCCCCCUUUGGUCCUGAAUUCUACCGGGGGACAGUGUUGUCGUCCUCUCCUGCUAUUCCCUUCUCCCACGCUGCCCCAUUUCAGUAUCCAGGAUUCCCAUUUGAGACAAAUUUCUCCCUCUCAUCAAAUUCGUAUUCAGUCGCUUCAACAGCACACAUGGAUUCUUCUUCUCUAUGCUUACCUACCAUUCCCUCGCAGCUGGUGGGCCUUUCUGGUGUAGUCUCAUCACAAUACUCGCGGCCCUAUAUUAUGAACCUUCCGGGUGGUGCGAAUAAUGUUGGGCCUGAGAGUAGGAAAUUGGGAGGACAAGGUCUUGAUCUUAAUAAUGGUACUGGGAGUACAGAUGUAGAGCGUAGAGAUGGGAGGCCGUCUCCAGCAUUAUUAAGGCAGAUUCCAGUUCCUGGGUCUCAAACAACACCAGUGGAUGAGCAAAUGAAAGUGUUUCAGAUGGCGGGUGGGUCAUUGAAGAGAAGGGAGCCUGAUCUUGGGUGGAAUGGAGAUAGGAACGGAUACAAGCAACCCUCGUGGCAGUAGGGACAUUAUUAGGGCAGAAUUUCUCUCUUUCAUAAUCUGACGUUGGUGCUUUUGAAUUUUUAUCACUCUUUUUGAAUUCAUUACAGCCUGACGAAUCAUAGCAGUGCUUCAACUAACAGGUCAAAAAUUUGGAGGGCACACAUGAACGAGCUCUCUGUCCUGAACCUAUUUAUUUUUCUGGUGUCAGACAAUUUUUGCUUUGGAGAACGGAAAUGAGUUCUGGAUAAAUCGCUAUUGUUCGAAGCUGUUGUUGCACAGUGGCCAUUGCUGUCAGUUCCUUGUACAGAUGAAUUAUGGAAUUUUGGGUCAGCAAUCCGAUCCUUUAUAAAGAGGUGUGUUUGAAUUGGCCGAAGGAUAGCUGCUUUGGAUCGUCGCUGUUAAUUAUUCACCCCCUUUUUACUUGCAAAGUUCUGAAUUUAAGUUCUGACUACCCAAGUUUUGGUAAUGAAAAAAAAUUGAACCAGUGCAUUUUGGCUUUAGUUGUGUUCCUGAAUGUAUGUUCGCUGCUGUGUGGUAGUAUCCUCCAAGUGAUAGAAAAGUUGUUCAAAUGAGAACUGUAAUGAUCCCAGGAUCCAUAGAUGAGAAAGCAUUUGAUGUUGUAUUUACAACCUUUGGGUGUGGAACUUUGGAUAUAAAAGAAUUUCUCAAAAUAAAAUUUUUAUUUGGACUUAAGA